CUGUUGAAAUGAAGUGGCAAGUUGUUUCGGUUACAAUUCUUAUUGCCAUCGGCAGUACAAUUUGUCACUGGAGUGAUGCUAAUGAUGCUGCUACGGAUCCCAUCGGUGAUGAUCUUUCUGGAGAAAGUUUAAAUGAAGGAAGUGAAGAAGAGAAUGUAGCUGAAAAUGGCGAGGAUGAGUCUAUUGAAAUACUUCCGGGAUCAGAAGAUGAGAUUUUGGACCCUAUAUCUAUCAACGAGAACAUUACUGAAACCCCGGAAGGACAACGUAAAAGUGAUCACCUUGACCAAGGAGAUAUUAUGUUUCGCAAAGGAGAAGAAGAAGCCGAAUUUGGAAUUAACCCUGAUGGAAGUAAAAUAUCGACAGAUAGAGUUCCGAAAGAUGCUACAGUAUAUAAACAUAAGAAAUGGAGGUUGCCUAUUCCCUAUGUCAUUGAAAGUAGUUUGGGUGUUAAGGCUAGAAGUGCCAUAAAACAAGCCAUGAUUGAAUACAAAACGAAGACCUGUAUUAAGUUUCGUGCGAAAAAAUCUACCGACAUUGACUACUUAUCAUUUUUCAAAGAAACGGGAUGUUGGAGUUACAUCGGUCGAUCGGGUGGAAAACAGCAAGUGUCUCUUGGACAGGGAUGCGAGUAUAAAAGUGUCGCCGUUCACGAGAUUAUGCACGCUUUAGGGUUCUUUCAUGAACAAUCGAGAGUUGAUCGAGACAAAUAUGUUAAAAUUCUUCUUCAUAACGUUGAAUAUGAUGAAAGACAUAAUUUUGCGAAGCAAUUGGCCAAAGAUGUCACGACCUUUGGAUUCCCCUAUGAUUACCAAUCAGUCAUGCAUUAUAAAAGAUAUGACUUUGGAAGAAUUGUCAAAGGAAAACGAUUGCAAACGAUUGUACGUAAAAAAGAUCCUGCAAAGGCAUUUGGUCAAUGUGUGAAAUGCGGAUUGUCGGACAUAGACGCCGACCAAUUGAAUGCUAUGUACUGUAAAGCUGGUUGAUCUUCUAUCAUCCGCAACAAUCGGACAAGUCAUAUGCUGAAAUACGUAGUUAUUACAUACUUCUUUGCAUUCACUGAUGAUUAAUCAUCAUUAGCAAUGUAAAAAGAACGUUGGUUUAGUUCAUUGUAUUGCAUUUGUUUCGGAAAUAAGCAAAAAGAUAAUAAUCA